AUGGAUAUCAUCACUAGAGUGGGCUUGGGCACCUGGAAGGCCUCUCCAGGAGAAGUAGCCGACUCAGUGAUGGUGGCUAUCAACUUGGGAUACCCGCAUUUCGACUCUGCUUACUUAAACCACAAUGAGAGUGAGGUUGGAAUGGGAAUCAAUUCCAAGAUCAAGGACGGUAUGGUGAAAAGAGAGGAACUGUUUGUCGUCAGUAAGCUGUGGUGUACCUACCACAAGAAGUCUGUGGUGAAAACAGCAUGCACCAAUACUCUGAAGGCCUUAAACUUGGAUUACCUGAACCUCUACCUCAUACACUGGCCCAUGGGCUUCAAGUCUGGUGAAAAAGACGUACCUUUGGAUUGCAAUGACAUGGUUAUACCCAGGAACACCAGCUUUCUGGACACAUGGGAGGCCAUGGAGGACCUGGUGAUUGAGGGACUGGUGAAGCACCUUGGGGUGUCAAACUUUAACCAUGAACAGCUUGAGAAGCUUUUGAAUAAGCCUGGUUUGAGGUUCAAGCCAAUAACUAACCAGAUUGAAUGCCACCCAUAUCUUACUCAGAAGAAUCUGAUUGAUUUUUGCCAUAAGAGAAAUGUGUCUGUGACUGCUUACCAUCCUCUUGGUGGCUCAAGAGAUGGGGUUGACUUUUUGGAUGAUGUUGUCGUUUGGAAGAUCGCAAAGAAGCAUGCGAAGUCUUCUGUCCAGAUUUUAAUCCGAUUUCAGAUCCAAAGGAACAUGAUAGUGAUUCCCAAAUCUGUCACCCCAAGUCAGAUCAGGGAGAAUAUCCAGAACUGA